GUAAACAUUUGGCUGGAGGCUUGUCAUUUCGCGAUCGAUGGCAUGGCUACGGAACAGACCUUACAAGAGGGGAGCGAUACAACCGAUUCUCAAUUCGACCACGUGCGCAAAAUUUACGAAAAUGCUCUUGCGCGCCAAGGUCUCAAUGUUGCCACUGGAGCUAUCCUCUGGGAGGUUGCCAGAGAAUUUGAAAUGAUAGUGCUCGCACAAAUUCAGCGGCAUCUGGCUGCAGCAAGCGUCGGUGGAGAGGCCUCCGAUAAGGUUAGAGUUCCUGCUAAGUGUGGUCUAUGGGCGCGUCGAUAA